UUGAUUUAUCAGUGCAGCGCAGCUCAGCGAGCUGCAAUACAUAUCAAACCAAUCUCUUUGAUCAAUCCGAGGCACAGGUCUGUAAAUUAGACUGUGGAAUUAAUGAGGUGAACUUCCGCAUUUUGAAGAUUUUUAUAACAGCUAAUUGUCGCCAUGUCUAAAAAACCAACUCCACCUGUUCGGAAACAGUCUUUGGAUGAAAGCCACCCUCCUCAUUCUGCUAAAGAUGUUAGAGAGAUCAAAGAAGUCGCAAAGAAAGCCAUUGCAGAACAUAAGGAACUUCAGCGGCAAUUCAGUAAGAAGGAAGAACAAACCAAGCAACUAGUAGAGGAACUUGAGCAAACUAAACAAAUCCUAACCAAGCUCGAGUCAGUAUCUGGUCAGGUGGUACAAGAGUUUGUGGAUGUCCAGACCAAGCUAGAUAUAGAACAACAAUGCAGGCAAGAAGCAGAGAAAAUUGCAUCGAAGGUAGGAUUUCAUAAGUUUAUAACAAUGAGGGAAAUAAUUACUGGGUGAUUGUUGCUUUUUUUUGGGGGGGGGGGAGCAGGAUGCG